UAUACUGUUACAUUGUGCACUAUUAGAAGGACAAAAGCUCAUACAGCAACAUGUUUGCUGUUCAUCUUGUUUCAUUCUUCUUCUCCAAACUCCAGGAGGACCCCACAAAGAAGGUGGACAGGUUUCUGUACUCAAUGUGUCUCAAUGACGGCCAGCUAAGUGACAUCUCAGCCCGUUUCCAGGCUGAAAUGAAGAAGGGGCUGUCAAUCGAGAGCAACGCUGCUGCAGCAGUGAAGAUGCUGCCGGCACAUGUCCGCUCCACUCCUGAUGGAACAGAGAAAGGACAGUUUCUAGCACUGGAUCUUGGAGGCUCCAAGUUCAAGGUGCUCCAAGUUAAAGUGAGAGAGGGCACUGGUAUUAGGAAGGGUGAAGUGGAGAUGGAGGAGCAGACCUACCCAGUACCUAGGGAGCUACUCAGUGGGAGAGGAACAGAGUUAUUUGAUCAUGUGUCAAAGUGUCUAAAGGACUUCCUGCAUGAGAAGAACAUCAGUUUGGAGAAGAAACAUCCUCUGGCCUUCACUUUCUCUUUCCCCUGUGAACAGUCCUCCCUGAAUAAGGCGUUGUUCUUAAACUGGAGCAAGCACUACCGGGCUCGAGGCCUUCAGGGCAAAGACAUGAUCCAGGCCCUCAGAGAAGCUAUUGACAGAACUGGGGGAAUGGAUAUAGAGGUGUUAGCACUGGUUAAUGACACUGUAGCGACCAUGAUGACCUGCGGUUUUGAUGAUCAGCACUGUGAAGUUGGACUCAUCAUUGGUACAGGCACCAAUGCGUGUUACAUGGAGGAGAUGCGUCAUGUUGACCUGGUGGAGGGAGACGAGGGCAGGAUGUGUGUGAACACUGAGUGGGGAGCCUUCGGAGAUGAUGGCGCUCUGAAAGAUUACAUCACUGAGUUUGACAGGGAUGUCGAUGCAGCCUCCAGCAACCCUGGAAGACAAAUCUUUGAGAAGAUGGUCGGUGGGAUGUAUCUGGGUGAGUUGGUGAGGCUGGUUGUUUUAAAGAUGGCUAAACAAGGAUUGCUCUUUGAUGGAUGUGUGUCAGACGCCUUGAGGACCAAAGGAAGAAUAACCACUGCAAAUGUGGCAGCCAUGGAGGAGUACAAAAAUGGUCUGAAGAACACCAGAGACAUUCUCAUGGACCUUGAUUUGACCCCAUCACCUGAUGACUGCAUCGCUGUUCAGCACGUCAGCACCAUAGUGUCCUUUAGGUCCUCAAAUCUGGUGGCUGCGGGACUGGCUGCCAUUUUGACUCGAAUCCAGCAAAACCGGAAUUUGAGGACAUUACGAAUCACAGUUGGCGUGGAUGGAACAGUGUAUAAGACCCACCCUCAGUAUCCUAAACGUCUCCAUAAAGUGGUGCGCCGGCUGGUUCCCGACUGCCAUGUCAGAUUCCUCUUGUCAGACAGCGGCAGCAGCAAAGGAGCUGCCUUGGUAGCAGCGGUUGCCCAACGACUGGCAUCACAGAGGCAAAAGGUAGAUGAGUCACUGUCUCCCUUCACACUAAGCCAGGGGCAGCUCCAGCUGGUGAAGGCCAGGAUGAGGGUGGGACUGGAGGCAGGGCUGAGGAGUAAAGGCCCUUCUGCAAUCAAGAUGCUGCCUUCUUUUGUGUACCAUAGACCUAAUGGCACAGAGCGUGGAAAAUACCUUGCCUUGGAUCUGGGAGGAACCAACUUCAGAGCAUUGCUGGUGCACUUUAAAAAAGGCCUUCAGCAAAAAACACGUCUCUACCAUAAGCUCUACACCAUACCACUGGAGAUAAUGCAGGGAACCGGAGAAGAUUUGUUUGAUUAUUUGGCAGCAUGUGUUAGUGACUUCCUGGACUACAUGGGGGUGAAGCACGCCCAUCUUCCUACGGGCUUCACCUUUUCUUUCCCCUGCGAGCAGACCUCCAUUGCUACAGGCACCUUGGUCAGCUGGACCAAAGGCUUCAAAGCCACAGACUGUGAAGGACAUGAUGUUGUUAACAUGCUGCAGGAGGCCAUCAAGAGACGCAACGAGUUUGACCUGGAUAUAGCAGCUGUAGUCAAUGACACUGUUGGGACCAUGAUGAGCUGUGCCUAUGAAGACCCACAAUGUGAAAUUGGGCUGAUUGCUGGAACUGGUACCAAUGUUUGUUACAUGGAGGAAGUGAAGAACAUUGAAAAGACUGGACAAAAUAAAGAAAGACUGGCAAGACAAGAGGAGAGAGCUGAAGGAGAAGAGGAUGAGGAUGAUGGCAUGGAAGGAGAGAAAAAGGCAGGAGAUGUUGAGACUGAAAAGAUGUGUAUAAACACUGAGUGGGGAGGUCUGGGUGACGAUGGCUCUCUGGAUGAUAUAAUCACACCUUAUGACAUUGAGGUGGACAAACAGUCACUCAACCCUGGAAAACAGAGGUUUGAGAAGCUGACCAGUGGGAUGUAUUUAGGUGAAGUUGUCCGUCAGGUAUUACUGGAUUUAACAAGAGGAGGUUUGCUGUUCAGAGGACACGUCACUGAAACUUUAAAAACACCUGGAAUAUUCCAAACCAAAUACCUUUCACAAAUAGAGAGUGACCACCUGGCUCUACUGCAGGUCAGAUCCGUACUCCAGCAGCUGGGGCUCGAAAGCACCUGCAACGACAGCAUGAUUGUAAAAGAGGUAUGUGGCGCAGUGUCACGUCGUGCAGCUCAGCUGUGUGGGGCAGGAAUGGCGGCCGUGGUCGAUAAGAUCAGAGAGAACCGAGGGCUGGACCAUCUAAACAUCACUGUAGGGGUGGAUGGGGCACUCUACAAACAACAUCCACAUUUCGCUGGCAUCCUCCAUGACACUGCCAAAGUUUUGGCUCCUCAGUGUAAUGUGACCUUCCUCCCAUCAGAGGAGGGCAGCGGGAAGGGUGCUGCCCUCAUCACAGCCGUGGCCAGACAGAAACAGAAGAUGUAACUUGACUGAAAAGAAAUUGUUUAGCCAAGUGUUUUUUCCCCACUUUUUAAAAAUUUUCUCAAAAUUGGACCACCCAGUUCCUUGUAUGCUGCUGUUGUUGUCACAGCAGUUGUCCUCUGCUUGUCUGUGAGAACUGCAGACCACCAUGUGUCACUUCAGAUACAAAUGAUUCCAAGUGUUUCUUCUCACCUGAUAGAAAGGAGCUUCACCUGAAGGGCACAGCACAUGCCAGUGUUUGAGCCCUCACAACUUUCCCACCUGGGAAAACUGUAUUAUGCACCAAGCCAAGCCAGAAGGACUGUCCCUAUGUCCCUAGUAACAUGUAAAGAACUGAACCUGAUAAAAUGCACUACUUUGUAAAGCACAUUUCUAUGUACUGUCUAGUCUAGCAAAAAUAACUGGUUAUUGACCCAAAACUAAAACAGGAAUGCUAAUGAAAAAGCCCUCCAGUUCCCAAUCAGUUCCUACAUUAGCUGUGGGAAAGUGUCACAGCCACAGCUGCUAAUGUUAGUCAUGCACUGAUUAAACUCCAGGCCUCUGAUAUCAGGACUUAUAACUCGGUUUGGACGAAUAUCAACAAUCACGCCCUGCAGUCUACUCAAGGUUAGCACUUCAUGUGAGACCCAACAAAAACGAUGUUGCCAGCUGUCAUGACAUUUGCCAUGGUAAUUGUAGCUUCAAAUUAUGAUCAUUCUGUGCUCAUGAUGUUGUUUUGUGAAGAUAAGAACUGAACAGUAUCUUCCCUUGUGCUCAAAUAUUCACACAGUGCCUCUUUACAAUGUGUUAGGAACUGAAGGAGUGUAAGGUUAGAGCAGAUGUAGGUUUUGCUUAAGGUUAGAGUACGUCUUCUGGAAAUGAAUGUAAGUCUAUAUACAGACCCUGUAGGUGAUGACUGUAAGUCUGUGUUGCCUUGUUUUUCUAUACUUGUGGGGACUCACCACUACUGGGGACCAGAUGGUGAUCCCUACAAAGUAAAUUGUUGAAUUUAGGGAGACAAGGUUAGAAUAAGAUUAGCAGAGGUUAUGGUUGAGGUUACCUAAUUUUCCAGGUAACGAAUGUACGCCAGUGUAAAGACCUACUGAGAGUGGCACCCCCAGGGGGGAGGCCAGGUGUGCUGUGGCCACCAUCCUUUUGGAGGGGAGCAUUCUCACUCUGAGAUAAAACUAGAAUGCCAUGUUGGUUGUUAUUAAAUUAUGCAAAUCAGUGAAAUGAUUAAAGUAAGAAAUUUAGUAUGAAAUCUGAUGUCUUGUAAUUGCAUCAAAGCUUUAGUUUAGAUAUUUCUGCAUCUGAAAAUCACAGGAGCCAUCCAAGGAAUUACAUAGCUUUUACCUUUAUAUUCAUUUCUAUUGCCUGAAAUUUAUACUGUAUAGCCUUUGUAGUGUGCCACCCCAAGUUUUUCACUGCCUACUGAGUGAAAAAAACAAAGAUGUGUGUGUGUUAGUCAGCAGUAUUUCAGUAUUGAUGAAGGCCAGGAGGAGGACUGGAAUGCCACUGACCACAGUUCCCAACAAUAAAA